AUGUGGAUUUACAGUCAUUUGAAAGUUCCAUUCAGGACAAUAGCUGCGGAUCUUCACAUCUGCUGCAGGUCCCAAGCAAUGAAGGCUUCAGGAAAACACUUACCCAAGGUUUAUGUAACCAGAAGGAUUCCACCAGAUGGUAUAAAGAUUCUGCGCCAAUCAGGAUGCUGUGAUAUUGAGCAGUGGGACUCUGAUGAUCCAGUGCCACGUUCGGAACUUCUCAAGAAGGUUGUUGGAAUUCAGGGAUUGUACUGUCUUUUGACCGAGAAGAUUGACAAGGAGUUAUUAGAUGCUGCAGGUCCAAGCUUGAAAGUUGUCAGCACCAUGUCUGUGGGUUUUGACCAUUUGUCAUUAGAAGAAGUGAAAAAACGAAACAUUCGAGUUGGAUUUACCCCUGAUGUUUUAACAGAAGCUGUGGCUGAGCUUACAGUGGCUCUCCUGCUAGCAACAUCUCGAAGACUAAUAGAGGCUGUGGAUGAAGCAAGAAGUGGUGGAUGGGGAACAUGGAAACCACUUUGGAUGUGUGGGAGUGGACUCUCCAAAAGUACUGUUGGAAUCCUUGGGUUAGGACGAAUCGGUGAAUCUAUUGUGAGCCGUCUGAAACCAUUCGGUGUCAGUAAAUUCAUAUACAAUGACAUUGCACCUAGACAUGAAUUAGCACAAAAGAUCUCAGCGGAAUAUGUUUCCUUGCUUGAACUGGCCAAGCAGUCUGAUUUUCUUCUUGUGUGUUGUGCAUUAACACCUGAAACACAAGGGAUCUGCAAUAAACAGCUGUUCUCCAACAUGAAAAGCAACGCUAUCUUCAUAAAUACUAGCAGGGGAGCUGUAGUAAACCAAGAGGAUCUAUAUCAGGCCUUGGUGACUAAACAGAUUGCAGCUGCAGGUCUGGAUGUUACAGUCCCUGAGCCGCUUCCUACAGAUCAUCCUCUCUUCAAACUGAAAAACUGUGUCAUUCUUCCUCAUAUUGCCAGUGCCACUGUGGAAACACGAAAUGCUAUGGCGGCCCUUGCAGCAAAUAACUUGAUAGCAGGGCUGAAAGGUGAAACCAUGCCCAAAGAAGUACCACUGAAAUAAUGCCAUGCACUUCUCAGCAACUAUGCAUGUGACUAUAUUUGCAGUAAUGAGAUUGAGUGAUCGUUAUAGCUAGCUAGAAACUAUGUAAACAUUUAACAUUAAAAUAAUGCCUAAUUUUCAUGUAAGGCGAGAAAAAACAAAACUUGAGAAAAAGCAUUACAUAGGGUCUAUUCACACACCGAAUCCACAAUUGCAAAUCUACAUCUGUGGAUCUGCAGUUGUAAAAUCCGCAGUUGCAGAGUUUACAGAGCAUAAAAAUUGCCUUGUAACACUUACAAUUGCAGAUGCGCCAUUUGUGGAUUCUACAACUUCAAAUCCACAGCGGAUCCUGUGUGUGUGAAUGCACCCAUAUACUAGUGUGAAGGUUUCUAUCUGCAAAUAUUCUCUGUUCUGGUUUGUUCUAAAAAGAGCAAUGAUUUUAUUUUUUAACCCUAAAUACUUGUUAGAUUAUAGAUUACUUAAAGCAAAGUUAGUGUGCAUUCACACAGACCGGAUCUGUUGAAGAUUUGAAGCUGUAAAAUCUGAAGUUGUGGGUACACAAGUGAGGAUUUUACAAUUCUUAUGUAUCUUUGAUUGAAUUGAAAAACACACAACUGCUG